GUCUCCCGUAGAAGAAGAUUGCCCGGCUCAGUGAGUGAAGAACGCGGCAGGAAAGUCAAGCGACUCCGCGAUCACUGUGGCGGAGAGCAGUGGGGAACUGUCCUGCAACACGCUUCUCUGUCUGUAGACCCGUAAGACACGGGCCGAGGUGUCGAGUGCAGGGAACCUUCUUCCUCCAAGGACUUACUGCCGAGAAGCGCCCGUGUCUCCCGCAGGAUGGGCAACGCAGCGACCGCCAAGAAAGGCAAUGAACUGGAGAGCGUGAAAGAGUUUCUAGCCAAAGCCAAAGAAGAUUUCUUGAGAAAAUGGGAAUCUCCACCACAGAGCACAACUGGCUUAGAUGACUUUGACAGAUUGAAGACGCUGGGCACGGGAUCGUUCGGGAGAGUCAUGUUGGUAAAACACAAGGCUGCAGAUCAGUUUUAUGCCAUGAAAAUUCUGGACAAACAAAAGGUGGUGAAGUUGAAACAAGUGGAACACACGCUAAAUGAGAAGAGAAUAUUGCAAGCAGUAUCCUUCCCAUUCCUCGUCAGAUUGGAAUAUGCUUUCAAGGAUAAUUCCAAUUUAUAUAUGGUGAUGGAGUAUGUACCAGGAGGAGAGAUGUUUUCACAUCUUAGAAGAAUUGGAAGGUUCAGUGAACCGCAUGCACGGUUUUAUGCAGCGCAGAUCGUCCUGACCUUUGAGUACCUCCACUCACUAGACCUCAUCUACAGAGACCUGAAGCCAGAGAACCUGCUCAUUGAUCAGCACGGGUAUAUACAGGUAACAGACUUUGGGUUUGCAAAAAGAGUAAAAGGCAGAACUUGGACAUUAUGUGGAACUCCAGAGUAUCUGGCCCCAGAGAUCAUCCUCAGCAAGGGAUACAACAAGGCUGUGGACUGGUGGGCUCUUGGUGUCCUCGUAUAUGAAAUGGCUGCUGGAUACCCUCCAUUUUUUGCAGACCAGCCCAUUCAGAUCUAUGAGAAAAUAGUGUCUGGAAAGGUACGAUUCCCAUCACACUUCAGCUCUGAUCUGAAAGACCUACUGAGGAAUCUGCUUCAGGUGGAUCUGACCAAGCGGUUUGGCAACCUCAGGAACGGUGUCAAUGAUAUCAAAAACCACAAAUGGUUUGCCACGACGGAUUGGAUAGCCAUCUAUGAGAGAAAGGUGGAGGCGCCAUUCAUACCAAAGUGCAGAGGCCCCGGGGAUACAAGCAACUUUGACGACUAUGAAGAGGAGAACAUUCGUGUGUCUGUUACAGAAAAAUGUGCAAAAGAUUUCUCAGAGUUUUAGUUUUUCAGAGUUAUGGACACUAGAGCUAAACAUAUGCAUAUAUACAUAUAUUUAAUGAUCUAUAUAUGUAUAUAUGUGUGUGUGUGUGUAUCACACAACACAUCAAAUAAGGGUAUCUUUGCACUCUAAAGACAUGGGAUGAGCAGAGAUCACAUCACCCUUCAAAUUUCCUGUGUACUUCCUUCAUUCCAUUCGGCUUUAGAGGUCACCAGGAUUCUCAUGAUCCAGAACACCAACACAUAACCAUCACACACUGGCACAUCACUCAUUCAGUUCACUCUCUUUUUAGAAUUAUUUUCGUUCUUUUUUUCGACAAACGACAUCAGAAAAAAGUUAUUGAUGUUGUGUUCUCCGUUUCAAAAGUAAUUUUGUGAAAGGUUUUAGUGUGGCAUUUAAAGUACAGACUAGAAAUUACAGCAAAGGUCAAUUUGGCAUUGUUACAUGUUAUCAUAUCAUAGUAUGACUAUUUAGUUUCUUGGCCGCAUCACACAGUGUUGUGAUUCAAAAGGUAGGUUGCCUUUAGCUGUCGCCACUUUUGUGUGUUACGUGUUCACGUUUGUUUUCUUUUUAUCUCAGACCCAAACACUGACAACUUUUUCAGGCUACAUUUGUUUGGAAGUAUUUGUUACUUGUAAAUAUCUGUUGAUUUAAAAAGGAUCAAAACCAGCGUGUUAUUGAUGGCAGAGGAGGUCUUAAAUCUUCAGAUUUGCCUUAGAAAUCCUAUUAGGAGCCCAGAGAAUGAUUGAGUUACAAGUGUUACUGUGAUCCUUUUAUAUUACAGUGAAGGUCCAGUCUCAUGCAUUUACUGACAGAUGCUUAUGUUACAAAGAACUAUAUAUCUCCACUAUUUUAACACUUUUGUGCAUUUUUAUUCAUUAUUCAAAAGGUUUUAUCACAAAAUCUAAGACACAUCUAAAACAUUUUCACCCAAAAAUGCUGAUGUAAUUUACUCGCCCUUAUAUGAGGAAAUGAUGACCGAACAACCCUACGUUCGCAACGACCUGAGCCGCUGCUGACAGAAUUUCCUUUUUUGAGUGAACUACCCCUUUAAAGAUUGUUCUAACCGAACAGAAUUGCUGUAGGAUGAAUUAGACCAUUAUCACUUAUCAGUUACAUGUAACGCUCACUUUUCUGAACACAGUUUUUCAUUUGUUUCAUGUUGAUGCUGUUUUGCAAAGUUCACUUAAAUGAAAAUGUCAUUGUUGCUGUUUCUUUUCUUCUUAUGACUGAAUGUAGUUUAAACUUCUAGGUAUCAUAUUGUUUGCAAAGUUUGAGGGACAUUCUCACAGACAUAAGAAACUGAAUAUGUUCAAAUGAGGUUAGUGCGCCUCUGCUCCUUUAUAUCACAUAUAAUCCAGUUAUGCAUUAUUUCUUAUAAAUGUUUUUAUUUAUACACAAAUUACAGAGAUGCA